CCCUGUUGUGCUGGCCCCCAGAACGGACAAGGCUGUGAUUUCAGACCGAGUCUCCGUCAGAACUGCGUCAUUGCCGAUGAACUCACCAGAGAGCGAGCGGGGGGAAGGGAAUGGGGAGGUGCCACCAACAAGGCAGUCAUAGCGCGCGGAGUAACAACACAAGGCGGGUGCGAUAAAUCCGCUACGAGGGCUACAUUUCUGUCUAUUGUUUAUCUCUGGAAAGAACAACGCCUCUUAAUAUUUAAUGCUAUUUUUAAGAUAAAUAAUUUACCCCUUCACGUCUAGCUAUUUCCGGAGAGAGAUACGGAGAGGAGUGAGCGAAGAGGAUUCGGUGUCUUGAAGAGCGCACACUGGAAUAAACGGAGCACAUUUUCAGAACCUUGGACAGAGCACGGCGCGAUGGCACCGAUGACCGGGGAAGGAGCGGGGUUCGUGGAGGUGCCACUAACUGUGAGCGUGGCGAGUGUAUUCAGCCUGGUCUUCAGCGUAUCCAUCUUCGCAUGGAUCUGUUGCCAACGCAAGUCCACCAAGACCAACAAGACCCCGCCCUACAAGUUUGUCCACAUGCUCAAGGGUGUGGACAUCUACCCAGAGAGCCUGAGCAGCCGCAAGAAGAAUUUCGGCAGCACAGACAACAACCCUGAGCCCAUCGGUACAGGCAAGCAGGCCUCCAGCUCACUAGGGGGCAGCACACGCCCGGCCCUCCACCUCGACCUGGAGAAGCGAGACCUGAACGGGAACUUCACCAAGCUGUCCCCCGUCCACCCCAAAGUCCGCAGCUCGCCCGACCUGGAGCUCCCUUCCCCGGUUCCAGGCCUGGGGGGCCACGUGGAGGCCGGCACCCCAGAGAGCACGCUCUCGAGCCAGGCUCUGACGCCGGCUGAGAGGCCCCCCCAGGACAAGGAGGGCGGCCUGGGCACGCUCUUCUUCUCCCUGGAGUACAACUUCGAGAAGAAGGCUUUCAUGGUGCACAUCAAGGAGGCCCACGGGCUGUCGGCGACGGACGAGCAGUCUCUGACCUCUGACCCCUACAUCAAGCUGACGCUGCUGCCGGAGAAGAAGCACAAGGUGAAGACCCGCGUGCUGAGGAAGACCUUGGACCCGGCCUUCGACGAGACCUUCAGCUUCUACGGGAUCCCGUAUGGCCGCGUGCCCGAGCUGGUGCUGCACUUCAUGGUGCUCAGCUUCGACCGCUUCUCACGCGACGAGGUCAUCGGGGAGACGAUGGUGCCGCUCGCCGACGUCGACCUGGCUGAGGGCCGCGUGCUCAUGAGCCGUGACAUCAUCAAGAGAAACAUCCAGAGGAGCGCUGGACGGGGGGAGCUGCUGCUGUCCCUGUGCUACCAGUCCACCACCAGCACCCUGACCGUGGUGGUGCUCAAGGCUCGCCACCUGCCCAAGGCCGAGAGCGGAGGACCCUCAGAGUCAUAUGUGAAGAUCAACCUCCACCAGGGCAAGAAGCGCGUGUGUAAGAAGAAGACCCACGUGAAGAAAUGCUCUCCGAACCCCGUCUUCAACGAGCUGUUUGUGUUCGACGUGCCAUGCGACGGGGCCCUGUGCGACACCAGCGUGGAGCUGCUCUUCCUGGACUCCAAUAGGUCGGCGCGCCUGCCAAUCGUCGGACGCCUCCUCCUGGGCACCAGCUCACCGGGCACCCAAGGCGAGCACUGGCGCGAGAUCUGUGAUCACCCGCGGCGACAGAUCGCCAAGUGGCACAUGCUGACCGAGGACCAGCCCCUGCCGUAACCACGGAAACACCUAACGAUUGCCCGAGAACUGUCACCAUUACGUGGGAUAGAGGAGUGCGUGGAGCUAGCCACAAAUUAUGUCAUCUGUCAAUCAAUUGAAGUCUAAGUCAAUCAUCCUUUGGUGUUGUUGGGUUAGGGGGGCUUAUUAUGGGGUGGGAGGAGGCAGAAAAGCUUAAUCCAGCCAAUCAGUGAUUCCAAAGACAGUCUCAAGGCACCCCAUGACGCGUCUUUCCAUAGUUCAACAUAAGAUCAAUCACCCGCCACCUUGUGCAGUGCGCAAAUGUCAUUGCUGUUGCUAUAGCUGUAUUUUUCUUCUACAAUUACUAUGACUAUAACUCAGUGGUAUGAAAAAAAAUAUGACUUGUCAAAAUCCUGUUAAUAUCAUGCUGUAAAAUACCUGAAUGAUCAGUUUAUUUUUUGAAGAUGCUAUCUUUUAUUUACUGAAUGUUGAAUUCAAAAUAUUGUUUUGGUUCUUGAUUUUGUACUUGAUUUUUUUUGUUUUGUUUUGUUUGCCUGAGUAUGUUUUGUAACUUUGAAGUCGUAUGUCAUAAUGUAACUCAUAUCGCAGCCGUGGCAACGCAGCCUAAAUUAGGCACCAAGCGCAGUUUAUAAGGCACAGGAAGCAGGGAAGACUGGUCAGUGUGUGUGUGUGUGUGUGUGUGUGUGUGUGUGUGUGUGUGUGUGUGUGUGUGUGUGUGUGUGUGUGAGACGGUGAGAGGGACCAGUUGAGAGAGGGGCAGACAGAUCCCAUUCUGUCUUCUUUACUGUGAGCACAAUGACAGAAUGCAAUGUAUUGUAUGUGUACCUUAAUAUAAAACAUGAAGCUCUGAAAAAAAAAA